AAACUAUAUGGCGUUUGGCCACACUGGUUCUUGGUAUCAGCGACUAUAUUAUUUCACAAUUUAAUUUACCAUAUAAACCAUUAACAAUUAAAGCCAUGCAGGCACCUCCACCAGAACAUUGUCCUGGAACGGAGAGCGAGCAGGCGGGCAAGGUGAGCGCCUGCGCCGGCUGUCCAAACCAGAGCAUCUGCAGUGAUCCCAGCAAGAAACUUGAAGAUCCCGGCAAGGCUUUGGUGGCAGAAUCACUGAAAGAUGUGCGAAGCAAGCUGCUGAUACUGUCGGGCAAAGGAGGUGUUGGGAAGAGCACGGUGACCAGCUUGCUGACCCGCUUCCUGGCCAGGAGUUGUCCGCAGAGCAACUUCGGCGUUCUGGACAUCGACAUUUGUGGUCCAUCGCAGCCUCGUUUGAUGGGCGCCUUGGGGGAGAAUGUUCAUCAAUCUGGUUCUGGGUGGUCACCCGUUGGAAUCGAUGACAAUGUGUGCCUUAUGUCCAUCGGAUUUCUCCUCGGGUCCGUGGAUGAUGCCAUUAUUUGGCGUGGUCCGAAGAAGAAUGGAAUGAUUCGGCAGUUCUUGAGCGAGGUGGACUGGGGCAAUCUGGAUCUCCUGCUGCUGGACACACCUCCUGGUACCUCCGAUGAGCACCUGUCCGUCGUUUCCUACUUGAAGGACGACAACAAACCGGAAUCCCUUCGUGCCGUCGUGGUCACCACGCCGCAGGAGGUGGCUCUCCUGGAUGUUCGCAAGGAGAUCAACUUUUGCAAGAAACAAAAUAUCCCCAUUGUGGGCGUGAUCGAGAACAUGAGCAGUUUCCGUUGCGGCAAUUGUGGAAACAGCUCAGAAAUCUUUCCGGCCAAAACAGGAGGCGCUGCAGCCAUGUGCGCCGAGAUGGGAGUUCCACUGUUGGGCUCUUUGCCUCUGGAUCCCCAGGUAGCCAAAGCCUGUGAUUCUGGGGAGGAUAUAACUGAGAUUAAGAACACCACCACUGAGGCGCUGGAGGGGAUUUGCUCUAGGAUUAUGGCUAGCUUUAGUUAGUGAUGUAAAAACAAACAACUUUGAAAUAAAAAACAUGGUUAGAA